AUGCAGCAGGCAAGGAAAUUAAAAACGGUUUCGUGGGCUCCUCAAUCUCGUCUUUGUCAGGUAAAAAUUUUCUCAUCUGAGGAAAGUCCUUCAAAAAUUGGAAACAAAUCUGAAGAUGAUUUUCAAGCAAAGACAUUGUCCACAAGGCCUUCAACCCUUGAAAAUGAUGAUUUCCCACCUGGAUUUGAAGGCAAUCAUUUCCAGAAUCAAUCAAAGUCAGAAUUUUCUUACAUUAAAUGGGAAAGCCCUCCUCCGCUUGUUCUGAAUCGUUGUUGGAGCGUGGCAGCUGGUGAAGAAAGUACGGAGAAAUAUGAUGAGAUGCUAAGAGAAAGGAGAGUGUCUGAAGCAUAUUAUCCUUGUAGUUCUGCCAUUCCUCCAAGCCCUUUUGUUUCAUUUAACGUGGAGAAUGAAAGUUAUGAUGAUAGUCUUACUCCUAUCAUCUCUCUCAUUCCCAUUGAGGAAUAUGAAUCAGUAACAGGUAUUAACCAUGAUGUUUCUGUCACAAAAAAACAUGGAGACUCUCUCUCCAAACUGCAGACACAAACCACACAGCAAUGCAUUCAACCAGCAACAUCUUCGGAGGCAAAUUUAGUUGCAGCUUCUAUAACUACUGUUUCAUCUACCAUCUUAAAAAGCAUCGAAGAAGGAACCGUGAUUGAUGUUGAUUUUCUCUUUAAAAUAGCUAAUGACCCAAUAAUGAUUGAGAAAAUAAUAGAAGAAUAUUCAACUGUUACCACCACUGGGAUGAAUACAGCCUCAAGGACUGUGAGUGCAAGAAAAUCAUCAGCUCCAUCAAAUCCACUGAUGAUCGUCGCCCCUGAAAUGUCUGAAAUUCCAUCUAGUUCAUUGCUGGAACCUGCACAUGAUAAUCAUAUAACUGCAACUCCACUUGUUCCUUUGUCUGGAUCUGUAUCUGCUCACACAGCUGCACCUCAUGUGAAAGAUGUCAAUUACUAUAAAAACCUUGUUAGAAAAUAUGAUGGUAUGAGUCAGCCAGACAAGCAGAAUCAUAAUCAUUUGCAAAAUUAUAAACGACCUCGUGUCCUUAAUCCAAAUGAAGUGAAAAGGAAAAUUCAGAAAUCGUGCAAAUACUCUAAGACUUCAAGGGGUCGCCGUGGUUCCAAAUGCCGUUAUCUGCAUGAUAAGGUGUGGAAAAUGUAA